AUGACCGCCGGGAUUCUGUCCAUUCCUCUCAUCAUGACAGUAUACGUCGCAACGAUGUGGGACGUAGCCUUCGUGCAUUCGACCAGCCAACUGAAGAAGAUGCCGAGAGUACACGCAUACGCAAGUGCAAGGCCUGGCGCGGUGCAGUACGCGAGAUCGCCACACGUCGCCAGGCGAGGAUUGAAUGUGAAUGCCCAAAUCUGGGACUUUGUGAACAACAAGAUAUUUAAGUCACUGGCUAUGGUGGGAGGAACGACUGGCAUCGGCAGCUCCGUAUCUCGUGUUCCGGCAAUCAAUGUCAGUGUUAUCACUCUUGCUGCCCAGAAACCUGCCUUGCAAAUCUCAGUGAUAUCAGUCCUGCCUCCCAAGGAUUGUUUCUUGGCCAUCAUGCUACUGUGUCGCGAAGGCGUUGCCUAG